AUGCAUCAACUCUUGAAAUUGUUGGACGAUAACAGUUGUGUAUAUCGGUACAAAACGUGCGAUGAUGGAGUUACGAUUAGAGAUAUUUUUUAUACUCAUCCUAAUUCGAUAAAGUUGUUCAUCACAUUUUCGACGAUGCUCAUACUUGAUUCAACCUACAAGACCAACAAGUAUAGACUUCCAUUAUUUGAGAUGAUUGGUGUUACCUCAACUGAGAAGACAUAUUAUGUUGGUUUUGCAUUUCUUGAGUGUGAAAAAAAGGACAAUUUUACUUGGUCAUUAGAGGUGUGUCGGUCACUUUUGAAGGAUCAAAGUGAGAUUCCUAAAGCGAUCGUUACUGACCCCGAUAUCACAUUGAUGAAUUCGACUGCUAAGGUAUUUCCUUCUUCUUAUGCAUUACGUUGUAAGUAUCACAUAAUAAAGAAUGUGAGAAGUCGGGUAAAACCUGCGGUAGGGACAAAACCAAUAAAGUCUGAAGGUGGAAAAUUGGUGAAGGCGGGUGUGAUUGUGGAAAAACUUAUGGAUGCAUGGAAUCACAACACUUUAUAUUCUCAUUUGGUCGAUAACAUUUCUCGAGCGCGUUUGAACUAUAUUUUUCACGAGGCUAAAAGAGCUGAUAAUGUAGGCUCUGAUAGCGUAAAGUAUGGUUGCACUACUGUGAAAACAUAUGGUCUCCCUUGUGCUUGUACUCUUCCUAAAAAGGUGAAACUUGGUGAGCCAAUACGAAUGGACGAGGUUUGCUUUCAUUGGAGGAGACUUAUGUUCGAUGAUGAUGGAUGA